AUGGAGAAGAUCAAGAUGCCGACAUGUAGGUAUGAUGGAAGAGGAGAUCCGGGAAGGUUUAUAACGUCAUACGAGGGGCAUAUGAUGCUUUACACAAAUUCAGAUGCUGUAUGGUGUAAGGUCUUUUCGACUACAUUGAUUGGGGCUGCAGCUGAUUGGUUUAAUAAUAUGGAGAAUGGGGUGGUAGAUAGUUUUGAAAGGUUGACUGAGAUGUUCAUCGGGCAGUAUUUUAGCAACAGUGUGCGGCAGAGAACAUCAGGAGAGUUGAUGGCAGUCGAACAAAGGGCAGAUGAGUCUUUGAGGGACUAUAUCAGGCGGUUCAAUAACAAGGCAAACACGAUCCCAAAGUUGCAACAAGAGAUAGCAGUAAUGGCCCUUAUGAAUGGCCUGAAUGAUUAUGAGUUCAAGCGGUAUCUGACGCGAAAGAACUUCUCAAUGCUGGCAGCAGCCUUCAACAAAGCUCAUGAUUACAUCAAGAGCAAGGAGUUAAUGAAGACAAGAAACAAGAGUGUGACCGCUGGUAAGGGUCAGUUCCAACUUGAAAGUGCAGCUUCAGGAAGUGGAAGGCCGAGAACCUCGACCCAAAACAGAGGAGGGGGAAGUCGGCAGGAGGUUAGGGCUGCAAAACCGCCGAUGCGGUACAAUUCAUAUACACCGCUGAAUAGUCCUAGAGCGGCGGCGAUCUUCUCGGUGAAUCAUAACAGAGAAGAAUGGACAAGACCGAUUCCUAUGAAAGCCAGGCUAAGGGAUGCUAAAAAGUAUUGCAUGUUCCAUAGAGAUGUGGGUCACUAUACAGAGGAAUGUACACAGCUAAAGGAUAACAUAGAAGAGCUGAUAAGAAAGGGUCAUUUAUCUCAGUAG